AUGGCAUCUAGGCCUUCUACACCCCGGAGCUCACGCUCUGGCCGUGUGGCAGGUCGUGGUAGAGUAAGGGCCCCGCACGACCCCGAAGAACCACCUCUCAAGAAGAGAAAGUAUGUCCCAGGAGGCCCGGGGGGCGGUGGUAGAUUUGUUCUCGACGAUGGGACUACCGAGUCCCCAGCUGGCCCCUCUAACUUAUCGACCCCGCCACGGCCCCGAAGCGCCGCCCGCAGAAGCUCCAACCGUGCCACCGCAGUCCUCCCCCGAGAGAGAAGCACCCGCCUCGGCGCCGCUGCCAACCGUUCCAUACGAGGCGAUGCCGAGUUCAGCUCAGCUGCCGCUGUUGCAGCGGCUGUCGCCCAGAGCGAAGGGUACAAGCCAAGAGAAGAGCGCGGCUGGGAGGAGUUUCAUCCCAAUCUUGAUAUUGAGGGGACAUUUCUCAUGUUCCACUCGGAAGACGUAGACGGCACUAGGAAGGCAACACCACCUCCUGCGCCCUCUCGCGCUUCUGUCAACGGCGUCAGCACCCCGUCAAAAGAUGCUGAGGGUGCAGUCGCUGGCGGCGCAGGUGACUCCACCGCCCAGCCAGACGGCACAGCACCGUCUUCCCAGAAUCUGCUUGAGACACCCUCGCGGCGGCGACCUCGCCCGACCAGAGACGCGGUGUCCUUCUACGCCACACGAUCGGAGCUUGCCUCCACUCCAAAGACACCUAAGGUGCUGUCGACCCUGAACCAGACCCCCAAAGAGCGUCUCGACCUCAAGAACCCGUCAUACCGCAAGACAGAUCGGAUACUGCUUUUCGAGAGCAAGACCUUCGGCCAGGCGAAAUAUGUCGAGAAAGCCAUGAUGAACGUGGGGUACCAGGAAAGCGACAAUUUCAUCAGGCCCGAACGCGGUCUUCUGAAGGCCAGCGACGCCCAUAUCGACGAGGAUGUUGAUCAGUUACUCGGCCAGAAGCCUGACGGCGAGGUGGUUGUUUCACACAGCGGAUCUAACCUUGGACGCGUCGAAUAUGAUAUGGAUGAGCAAGAUGAUAUGUGGCUGGAGACACUCAACAGUCAGCGGAAAGCCCACGGGCUCGAAACCGUCACUCGUGAGGUCUUCGAAAUCACAAUCACCAAGAUUGAGAAGGAGUGGCAUGCCUUGGAGAAGAAGAUACCGAAGCCAAAUCCGAAACCUCCCCAGACUCACAGGCCGCGGUCUAGCUCUGCUGCAGCCGUGAAUGGCGAGACACAGGGCGGUGAAGAGCAAGACAGCAAAUGCGCCAUUUGCGAUGACGGCGACUGUGAGAACACAAACGCAAUAGUCUUUUGCGACGGAUGCGAUCUUGCGGUGCACCAAGAUUGUUACGGCGUGCCGUUCAUUCCUGAAGGGCAGUGGAUGUGUAGAAAAUGCCAACUCGCUGGGCGUGGCAUCCCGACUUGUAUUUUCUGCCCCAAUACCGAUGGUGCAUUCAAACAAACAAACUUUUCCAAAUGGGCGCACCUUCUUUGUGCCAUCUGGAUUCCUGAAGUCAAUUUGGGCAACAAUGUUUUCUUGGAACCAGUUAUGGACGUCGACAAGGUCCCCAAAAACCGAUGGAAGCUCCAAUGCUACAUCUGUAACCAGAAAAUGGGGGCCUGCAUACAAUGCAGUAACAAGGCUUGUUACCAGGCCUUCCACGUUACUUGCGCACGACGCGCGCAUUUGUACCUGAAAAUGAAGACCCCGCAGGGUGCCCUCGCGCUGGAUGGGGUCUUGAAGGCAUUCUGUGAUAAGCACUGCCCCCCAGACUAUGACAAGGAGCAUGCUGUCGCUGCCGCCACCAAGGAUGCAAAGAAGUUCUACAAGCGGACGAUGAAGGGGCGCAUUUGGGCCGACAGCCAAGCUGUGGCUCAGGAACUGGCUGCCAUUCAUCGGAACGCAAUCACAGAGCAUCCUCCUCAGGGGUCACAAUUGCUUGGUGAUAAGCUUUCAGGAGCAGGCGACAAGAAAAAGGGUCAGUCCGGCAAAAUAUGGAAGUUGCCGUCAGGGGCACCGGUCAUUCCGCAGGCAGUCUUCGACCUUGUUGACAGUGGCUUGGCUCGAUUUGCUCUCCGCAAGAGAAAGGAAUAUGUUGCCGAAGCAUGUCGCUACUGGACAUUGAAGCGAGAAUCCCGUCGUGGUGCCGCACUCCUCAAACGUCUGCAACUGCAGAUGGAGUCAUUCUCAUCUAUGGAGCUCACAAGGCGUGACUUCGCAGCCAUGGGCCCCUCGGGAAAGACCCGGCUCGCCAGGCGUAUCGAUUUUGCCGAGACCUUGCUGAGGGACCUCGAGCAGCUGAAGUCUCUCGCGGACGAUGUUGUCGCUCGAGAAGCGCAGAAGCUGGAGGCAGCAGAGAUGGAGCAAGACUUUGUCGACUCAUGUUACUUCCCCAUUUUCAAGUUGCUCGUGCCUGUCAUCGGCAAGGCUGAAGCGCUCGAUAAAAACGUCUUCAAAGAUGGUCUGCUACAAUUAGAGGCCAGGUUCGAGAAGCGCUUUUACACUACGACUCUAGCAUUUGCUCACGACCUCUGUGAGGUUAUUCAUGUGGGCAUCAACGCCGAGACAAAGCCCCUGGCUUCAGACCAACCCAGAUUUGAACCAAUUGAUGUGUCGCCUACCAAGAAUAAUAACCCAUAUUCGGAGGCUAGAGACCGCAAGAGACUCGGCAAGCGUAUUCUCAAGUCGGUCCAGCCACAGCUGGAGGCUGCUCUUAAAGCGGAAGCCGACAUCACUUCGAAGCCGUUUGAAAGUCUCCUCAAAGAGUUAGAGGGCAUGAUCGACGCUUCUUUGGAGAUCCGAAAGCCUUUUGGUGCCCAAUCUCAACCAGAAGCGCCCACACAACCUAGCCAAGAUGUCAUCAUGGUUGACGCUGCCGAGGAUGGUCAUAUUACAGUCGCGGAGGCUGAAAAUGGCCACACUGGCACUGGCGACGUCGCGGAGAAUGCUGAACCGAUGGACGUCGACGAUCAGAGUAUCGAAGUCAAGGAAGAGGAGGCUGCACAAGCCAACGGUGGCAUCAGUGAAGAUACCAACGCCGUUGGGGAGGAUAGUACAGAUCAAGCGGCCAAUGACAAGGCGCUGCCUAGCCUUGUGAAAUCUGCCCCUACGCCGCCUGACACGAACGGCUACGUGCCUGUGUCCCAACAUUCACAGCAACCCACGCCUCUGACACCCCCGCAGUCCAACGGGAGUCUUGGACGGGGAGCAGACAAUACCCUUACCGAAGGUGGUGUACCAUGGUACCUUAAGAACUUCGAACCUGAGGGCACGACAGCCAUCGAGGAGCAAUGGGCAGGCCGAGACGCUGUGCGCAGUCUUAGUGAGGAGCUGACUGAUAUGGACGAGGAGGAGCUCAAUGAUCUCGAGUUCAACGUGGAGGAUAGCACCAUCACCGCGUCGCCUGUUGAUGCGCCGCUGGCUGUCCCGUCCGGGUCAUCGUCGGCCAGGAAGCUUCGCUACGGCACCAGCGCCGGGUCCGGUAAUUCAAGGAAACGAUUGCGAUCCUCGGGGAGACGACGUUGA